UGUUACCUAGGUGGUUGGGCCCACCUCACCACCUUCCUCUCCUACCUAUAUCUCUCUCAGUCUCUGCUCCAUUCGCCUGAAAACCACUGCGGCGAAGAUGACUUCAUCAAGACAUUCCGACCCGCUGCCACCGUCGUGCUCAACUCAAGAACGCUAUUUCCAUCCACUCCCGGCGGAGCCCCAGACUCCACAAUACAUCAUUGUUCUACCAAAUUACUAUCGUUCGCAUUCCUACAUAAGCCGCACGUGCCGCCGCCGCCUGAUUUACUCCGCCGGACUUCUCCUCCUUGCCGUGGCCGUCUUCCUCAUCUGGCCCUCCGACCCCGGAGUUUCCGUCGCCCGCCUCAAACUACGUGGCUUCAGAGUUCACCCCUUCCCGCCCUCCCUAGACAUUUACCUGGACCUUAUCGUUAAGGUCCAAAACAGAGAUUUCUAUUCCGUUGAUUACAACGCACUAGUCGUUUCGAUCGCCUACCGGAGAAAGCGGCUCGGAUACGUCACGUCGGAGGAGGGCCACCUUAAAGCCAGGGCUUCUUCCUACAUUAACGCUACGCUGCAGCUGAAAGGGGUUGAAAUUAUAACCGACGUGCUUCCGUUGAUCGAGGACGUCGCUAGGGGUUCGGUUACGUUCGAUACCGUUACUGAGAUCAGUGGUCAGCUUGGAUUAUUCUUGCUCGACCUUCCUCUACAGGGGAAAGUAUCGUGUGAAAUUGUUGUAAAUACAAAGAAUGAGACUAUCUCCCAUCAAAAUUGUUACCCCGAGUAAUAUGGCUUUUGGCGCCGAGGUGGAGCUUUGUAUGGAAGCCAACUGAUGCAACAAGUCAUUGCAUCUCCUUUGCUCCAUGCUGCCGCAGUACAGAUGCAGCUUUCGGGAUUUAAAUGCAUGGAUACAUAAUACACAUUCCUUCUUGAUGUAACUAUGAAAGUUGUUUGUCAUGUCUGUGAGAAACUUAUUGUGAAUAACAUGCUACUAGCUAGCAUGAGAGAGUUUUCAUUCUUUCGUCAUGGAAUCAAUGAAUACAGUACAUAUUUGCCAAAGUCGUGUCUUUUUUUUUUGGGUAUUAAA